GCCCCGGGGACGACGACGCCGCCGCAGGGACGCGCGCCCGCAGCCUCCGGCUACCCUAAACCGCAUAGCCCGGCCCUCAGCCCGAGCGGCCGGCGAGGGAUGAGCGGAUGCGGGUGAGAGAGGAGGGGACCCGAGUGCCCGGAGCUGGGCGAGUUACAGCUCGGCCCCGCAGCAUCAUGGGGCUUGUAGUCCGCCUGGUGGAACCGAGCUUUUCGGAUCACCAGAGACGGUCUGGAACUGAUUUCCUGAAAGGGAGGACAGAGAGUCGGGCCCGGCCGAAACGGAGGCCUUACUUGGAUGCCAGACAUCGCAUUGGAAAGAGAAUGUCUAACGGGGCGAAGAAGACCGUCCUUCCCCUCCAUUGCUCAGCAAGAAUCGGGAUGAGGCUGAGCAAAGACAGCAGCAGGUGGCAGCCUCCCACCUCCACCCCAUGGGGGUCCCUGCCUAAGGGAAAUGACUGGGUCCAGAUGGCCUCCUUCCUGAAUGACCAGAGCAGACGAGCCCUUCCACAAGGAUCCCUUGCAGAGUGUGGUGAGAGUGCAAAUGGCCUCUGUGGCAGCCAACUGCAACUGUUAAAAGAACCAAGACGCCCUGGAAGAGAAAUGGAUCGUGAUGUCCACAGAGCUGUGUUUAAAUACCGCAUCAACUGCUUGAUCGUAAGCAAAUGGCUUACACUUCUGAGUUUCUCGGGCCACUCGCCUCUUGAAUGGGAUUGGAUACUACCUCCUGGGGUGAGCUAAGGAUAGCAACUGCCUGGCGUCUCUCGCUCCUCCAGCCAGGCUGAGACAGGUGGUAGGAAUGCACAUGUCGCCUUCCUGGAGCCCACCUUACACCAAGGCAGAAAUAAGGGAUUCCUCGUCACCCCGACUCAGAACAACAAUCUAAAGAGUGUUCCUGUGGGAGGUGCCAGCAAAAGCUUGCAAACUCCUUGUGCCUCUCUGGGGUUUCUUUGUGUGGUCUUCUCCCCUGCCUCCUGCACACCCAGCGUUGCCAGGCCCGGGAGGGCUGAGGGAGGAGCAGGCUGCCUCACCCCUUUCUGCAGCCUGGGAGGAGCCUACAGGCAGGCGUCUCCACAGCCCAGGUCCGCAGCCCGCCUCCACCACUAGGGGUCAGCAGAGCGUCGUGAUUGCAGCCUGAGUUGAGGAGGGGGCUCGAGUCGCCAGGAGGGGACGUCUAGGAGAGCCCUCCAGGACGCUUGUACAGUAGUUCCUCAUUAAAUCGUUUUCAGAACCUUG